AUCAUGUAUUAUUAAUUCAGCUGAGUGGAAUGAAUUGGAUGUGAAGUCAUACUUGAAGUGUCGACUAACGUACAGUUUGACUUGAUUAAUGAAAAGCCACGUCUCUUGUUCCUGUAAAAAACAACAACCGUGAUGAAAUGUUUUGAAGGAAAAUUUCAUACGUAGAAAUGUUUGUGGUUUGCUAUGUGGGAUUUACACAUUAUCUCUGGGAAGCAUGUAAAGGGAAUCUUUGCUCUUAAUUAAGUUACAAGGAAAUUAAAACAAAAAUCAGGGAAAGCAGACAAAUUAGAGGUCCAUGAAGUCACCCAAGUAAGAUGAAAGUGUUCCUCCCACUUUUAAGCAUUGCAUUCCUACUAAAAGUCACAUGUGACCCCAUCCCCCAGAACCAAGGUAAUGCACUACCAGACACACGUUCCAAGAGUUCCCUAGGGAACAGCCUGGGGAAAAUCCAUGACUCUGAGGUCAACAGGGUAAAAAAUGACCAGAAAGUGAAGGAAGGGAUCUCGGGUGUGACAAGAUCCCCAAGACGCAGAAAACAUAGAAAGCACCGAAACUCCGGAGCAGCAAGUGCUGGAGUAACAAGAGACAGCAUUCCGAAUGCUGGUAAACAUGCUGCUAAACCAGCAGAAAUUAAAGACCCUGUGUUCAACGUUCAGGACAUUGUGAAAAAAGCCAAAGAGGACAGCUUGAGAGAAAGUACAAAGGAUCGGGAUUUACCGCAAGUGAGAAUGGUUCAGAAUGUCGGCCAGAAAAAUAUUGGGGGGAUCCCUGUUCAAGUGUUGACAGCAGAGCCCAAAGUGAAAAAUGGGCAGCAAAAUGAUGUUCAAAAUCAAAACAUUGGUGUAGCUAAUUUAGUAAAUAGUGGAAAUCAGGCAGCCAAUCAAAACAAUAGACUGCAAAAUCAUGACGCUCAAGUUGUGGAAAGAGUUACUGAAACUCAAAACGUUGAUAGGAACCAAGUUCCAAGGAAUCAGAAUUCUUUUGAUCAAGUAGCAAAUAAACUAAAUAACGUAGAGCAGGAGAUAAGUAAUAGAAAUGUUGAUUCAAAUCAGCCAAAUCAACAUGUAGAGACCUAUAAUAACAAUAAUAACAUUAAUAAUGAUAAUGCUAAUAACAACUUUAACAAUGCCAACAAUAAUAUGAAUAGUUUUAAUAACAAUAAUGGAUUUGUUCAGCCAGCGGUUAAUAUGGGAAAUCAGCAGGGAGCUUCGAGUGCCAAAGACAGUCUCAAAAUUGUGUGGGAUUGGAGUGAUUUCCUUAUCAACUAUGAACAGUACGUCAUGCCAGAACAGAAAAAUCGCAGGGCGCCACAAGCUACCACAGGAGAACCCUGGCCAAUGCCGCAGUAUUAUGUUGCAAAAGCGAACAAGGUGUACAAAAUCGACAAGGAUAAAUUCCGAUUCAAUAUCGUAAAAGAAUCAUGUGAUAUCAUAGAGAAGGCCGUGGAACGUUACCGCGACAUGAUCAUAGAGGACACGAUCACAGACAUGUAUAACAACCUACAGCAUGCAAGGGGGACCAGCAUCCGUGAUGUCAACCUCAAGUAUGAUGACGAUAUCUACAUCAAGGCCUCACCCAUCUCUGUUGUGAAUGUCAAAAUCCGACGACCAUGUACCAAAUUUCCAAACGAUCAAAUGGAUGAGUCAUAUGAUGUUUUUGUGAAGAAAACAGGCUCCUACAUUUGGGCCAAUGAAGUAUGGGGUGCCCUUAGGGGACUGGAAACUUUCAGUCAAUUGGUGUUCAGAGGGACAGAUGGUGUACUUUACAUUAAGGACACGGUAAUAAAUGAUUACCCACGAUUCUCUCACCGUGGCCUUUUGGUGGACUCGUCUCGGCACUUCAUCUUCAAAGAGGUCAUCUAUGAUAUACUGGAAGGAUUAGCUGAAAACAAAAUGAAUGUCAUGCAUUGGCACAUUGUGGAUGACCAAUCAUUUCCUUACCAGAGUAAAGUGUUUCCUGAGCUUAGUGAAAAGGGUGCCUAUCACCCCAGCUUUAUGUACUCCCCGGAGGACAUCGCUGAUAUUAUUGAGUAUGCCAGAAUGAGAGGGAUUCGAGUGAUGCCAGAAUUUGAUACCCCAGGACACACCUACUCCUGGGGUCUCAGUCACCCAGAGCACCUGACCCAGUGCUAUCAGGGAGCCCACCCAGUCAGUGGUUACCUUGGCCCUCUGGAUCCCAGCAAAAACAGCACCUACCGCUUCCUCAAGACAUUCUUUAAUGAAGUACUGCACACCUUUCCUGAGCAGUACAUUCACCUCGGAGGUGACGAGGUUCCUAUGACAUGCUGGUCCUCCAAUCCAGAUGUGUUGAAGCUGCUGAAUCAGCUGAAUGGUAAGCCAGACGAGCCAAUAAAUCUACAGAAUGUAGACCCCUACAUGUACAGCUAUGAUAUCCGUAAAGUCCUGGAGUAUUAUGAACAAAGGUUGACGCAAGACUUGAAAGACAUUGGUAGAAACCGGAAGAAUGGAGUACGGAUGGUGAUGUGGCAGGAGAUUAUGAAUAAUAACAUACAGCUUCCUAAUGACACAAUCAUCCAGAUUUGGCAGGGCGAUAUGGGUGAUGUACAGAGGGCAAUAGACAUGGGAUAUCACACCCUGUACUCCACAUGCUGGUAUCUGGACCUCAUUGAAUAUGGCACAAAAUGGCCGAAGUAUUACACCUGUGAUCCUGCAGACAGUUCAAUGGGCUACCAAAUUGAUGAGAAGAAAGUUUUGGGUGGUGAGGCUGCGUUAUGGGCAGAGUACAUUGAUAAUGAGAAUCUGAUGACUACACUGUGGCCACGUGCUUCAGCUGCAGCAGAGAGAUUAUGGAGCAGUAAAGACCUGCGUGACGUGGAGGCAGCAGGUCGACGGCUACAGGAACAUCGCUGUCGCAUGCUCAGUCGUGGAUUGGCUGUUGGACAGAUCAGUGGACCAGAUUACUGUCUGAGACGGGGCCAUCGCAGAGAUGGGGAUCGGGCUCACAACUGCACCGGUGAUCGCUGUAACCUGGUACAGAUCGAAAAGUUUAAUUUUCAUGUUCAGCAGCGCGGCCGCAGUAUGGCCGAAUGCAACCAAAUGCUGGUCCAGGGAGGCAGCGUUGUAUCCGCUUUACUUCUGAUUCUAGUGCUGGGGGCCAUCUUUUUCAGCCUCAAGAUGAGUGGAUCUCGAAUUGUCCAGAUGAAAGUCUGUCGAAAUCGCAGCAUCUUUCUCUCCUUCAUCCUGCUGAUCGUCAUCUACUUCAUGUGUUACACCUCCCUCUGGAUGCAGGUUCAGGAGUUCAAAGGCUCAUUUGAAAAGAGAAUCAAGUCAUAUUCAGAUCACAGUUACAGUUGAAGUGUUCGGUCACUAUCAUUGUUUUAUUUUUUUAUUUGUAUUUUUUCCCCUGUUGUUUUUGUGUUGGAUGUGAAUUUUUAACUUGUGAAUUGAUUUAUUUUCUUACAUAUUUUAUUUGGGAACAGUUUUAAAUGUAGAAAAUUACUGGAGGUUUUGGUUUGAAAAAGAAAAAAAAAAGCUUAAAAUUGAUUGGUCAGAAUUUAAUUGUGUAAAUGAUUUUAAACCUGAAGCAAUACUUAUCAUGAUGCUGAAUUGGGGAUGAAAACUUGGCAUGGGGUAUGCAUGUUGAUGGAAAUAUUUAUUGUGUGAUAUCAUGUGUGUUUAUGUAUUGAUUCACUGUGCAAGUUAAUGUAGAGAAAAAAUGUUCGAACUUCAUUUUUAGUGAAGAGAUUGUUGUAGAUCAAUUUUGUGUUUGUGAAGAGUCUUUAAAUUUUAUCCAAUAUAAAUAGUGUGCUUAUGAGUGACUUAAGUAGAUUGUAUAAUGUAAAAUGACCCAAGAGUAGUGUUUUAAAGGAUAAAAUGUAAUGUAAAAUGUAGAGAAAAAGCAAAUAUAAGUCAAUAUACUUUUACUGAGAGAAACUGUCACCUAAACGUUGUUAGGUCAAGCUACUAGACAGUCUCCAUGUAGGUUGUCAUUUGAAACAAGUUGCACUGCAUAGUUUUUGAACCCGACAAACUUAACAAUGAGGUGUCGCAUUUAUUAGAUUUAAGUGUUAUAAGUAUCAUUUCCUGCUCUAUGUAGGAUUGAUGAUAUAUCUGAAUACAUUUAUUUUGCUUUAAGGAAACAUGUGACGUUUCACAGUAACACAUAAUUUUUCGUGACAUUUGCAUUCUAUCUCGUUUCUAGAAAAAUAUUUGGAAUCAUGUGUUUGGAGUUAGCAUAUUUUGAUAGUUCCUGGUUGUUUGCAAGUAAAAAUGUAAAGUCAGCUCUUAUGUAUUACAGUAAGUUGUAUAAAUGGACAUUAGGAAGAAAAUCUUAGGAACAAUUGGGUUUUGAGCCCAGGACCUUUACAUUACUAGUCAGGUGAUCUAACCACUGAACUACCCAGGCCAGUAUACAAAGUAUUGUAAUAUUACUACAAUAUAAAAGUUAAACCUAUUUCGAAAAUCAUACAAAAGCUUUUCAUAUAGAGGAGAUGAAAAAAUUAUUUUAGAGAAAAUGUCAGAAGCGUCGCAUGUGUCCUUAAAAAACAAAGCAAAUAAAUUUGGCAGCAAAGUGUCAUCAGUAUAGCAAACCAAAUAAAACUGGCAUUCCAUUAGAUGACUUGGUUUGGCUCUUGUAAAUACUGCUCGUGUAGGAUUAGGGUUCAUUGUUCAGUCCCUCCAUUUUGUUUAUGAAUCUACCUCUGCCAUCCACUGGACAUGUUACCUUAAUGAGAUACAAUGAACUUAACACAGGCCACCAAUCAGCACUUAGCUGUUUUAAAUCAGAACUUCAGCAGAAGUUUAUAAAGGAGAAUGAGCAAUUGUUACAUCAGUAAGAACAAGGUACGGUUGUAUACAUAAAAAGGCCCAAAAAAAAUUCUCUCUAUAAAAUGUGUCUGGAAUAAACCUUAAUCAGCGUUUUAAGAAAGUAAAAUAAAUGCCAGAUAUACUAUGUCAACAAAAUCAGAAUGAUAGUUUUAAAUGGAUAGCAUUAUGACAUCAUGAAUAAGACAUUUCCCGCCUCUUUCUCAAAAUAAGCCCGAAAACUGUCAAAUGUCAUACAAAUUAUUGCUCAGGAAAAGAUGUGCGCAUUUGUCGAGCAAAAUGAAAAUGAUAUAUAUUGUGUAAUAUUUUGAGAUGAAAAACAUGCUUCAAUAUGAAUUUGCUCGACGCAUGCGCUGUAUGUUUUCUAAAAGGAAAACCACCUGAAUUUGUGGAUAUUUUCAUUGAAAAUGGCAUUUUUGCAAUUUUAUGCCAACUUCAAGCUCUCGUCAUAUGACACAAAUCAUUUUGCUGAUCAAACUGAGUGAAUUUUGGGUUUGCUAAACUAUUCCUUAAUUGAAUGCCAGGAUUUGAGCUCCAAGUGAAAUCAUCAAUAUUUUGGGCCAGAUAACUGUAGAAACUGUACCUACUUCUUUGAUAUAAGUUUAUUGGAGAAAACCAUUUUUAUAAACCUUUAGUCCGGAACUUUUCUAAUAAGGUUUCUAGAUUAUAAUUUCUAAUUUAUUAAUGCAUGCUAUUUUUUUUAAGUGAAGUAAUACAUGUAUCAUCUUUUUCUUUCAUACUGAAUCUCUCAUUAUCAGCGGGUUAUUGUUUAUCUUUAGAGAGUCUAGGGUGAACUAUGUUAAACUGUAUUUUGGGAGGUUGGGGGUAGGGGUUCUAAGUAAAAAAAAAAACAUGAUUAUUUUGUUUUGUGAUACAGAAUUCAUAUCAGAUUCAUUAUUUAUACUGCUGUAAAUAUUAUUAAGCCAAAGCAGAUGUAAUAUCAAGCUAAAUUUUGAACUUAGCCAGAGCACCAUGUAUCUGCUUUUCACGAGAUACCUGUAUACAUUUUUUCCUCAGAAUUGAUCAGGUUGUACCAAUUCGAAAGGUGUAAAGAAAAAUGUUGGCAUGAUUUUUCUUUUUUGGAAAGAAAAUUAAAACAGAAUUCAUUUUUGUACACAUUUUGUUAGAAACAGAUGGAUGGUAGCUCUGGGACAUCUUACAUGAACUUCCUUUCCUGGAAGGUUCCUUUACACAACUUCUGUGAAGUGCAAUAGUCUCCUAAAAACUUCCUACUAUGUCUGACUUGGUAAGAAUGAAAGUCAAUGUAUGUACUUUUUUUAUGUGUAGAUGUCCUUCCGUGCUUCUUAAUAGGAUUUUGUUUUUAACAUGUCAUUCCAAUUUGUUUUUUUUAUCUCUUCCAAAGAUUGUAAGAUAUCUAUCUGUUCUGUUUUAAUCAAAGUGAUUUGUAAUAAGUUAGUAUUUGCCAUUGGCUUUACUGUAGGGUAAAUCAUCUUGUUGAACCACAUUUAGUAGUCUUUAAAAUUUUUAAUUUUUGUGCUUCUUCUCUGGGAGGGGAGGGGUGGGGUGGGGGGUGGUGAAAAUUUAUGUUUCCACUUGUAGCAUUGACUAGGGUGUUCGUUUCGUGUGUCUUUACAUCCAUAGUCCAAAGUUACAGCUUAUGAAGUCACUCUUGUGUUUUAGCAGUACAUUUCACUGAUUUUCUACUCUACAUAGACAUUGAAAUUCCUACCACAUGAGUGGAUAGAUUUCAGUUGUGCAUCAUGAAAUGACUUGAGUUUUGGCUGAAAUAUAGAAUUGACAUACGAAUAUUGAAUCUCCCAGUCGCGGUUUAUUUGGGUGGUGUGUAUUAUGAAAUCCUUGUGCUGUUUUACUCUGUAAAUCAUGUGUAACUUUUCCGAUUUCUUUACAAAAAUUUAUGAUGUCUGUAUAUUUUUCUGUAAUUCAUGAUCCACAAAGCAUUUGGUUUGUUUUUGAAAUUUAUACUUCAUAAUUGAUUGAUUUUGGCAUUUUUUGACAAUUGUUCUGCCAGCAUUAUAAAAAGUUUCUUGAAUUAGCAAACCUUUGUUUUAAAGUCAAGGUGACUUGUUUACUAUUAGAUGACCCAUAGUUUAUAAACAUAUCCUACAUUUUUGAAUUGUAAAUUCCCAUUGUUGCAAACUGUCAGCUGAUUUGUGGGUCAUAUUAAUCAGUUUCUUAACGGUCAGGGAUUUAUACAGAAGAUAAAUUACAAUACUGAAAGUUGCCAUCAGUAUGAAAAGUUCACAAAGCUGUGGUUGCUAUUUAUAGGCUUUACAGUCAAUGUGUUCAUUGUGUUUUGUACCGUGAAGUUCUGUAGACCAGUAGUUGUACCGUUUUAUUAAAUGCAUAAUACUAGGAUGGAAACCCAGCAGACCGUUACAUACCAUCAAAAUUCUUGUUAAUCACCCACUGGCAGGAACAAUUUUUUAUCCCAUCUACUUUUCAGAAUAAAGAUGGCGAGUUCUAAAUUUCAUGAUAGACCUCUGAAUUAAGUGAGAAGUUGAUACUCUGUGCAUGCAAUUAGGAAAUUGACAUGUCGGAUGGAAGUUGAAAAAUUAGCACUGGGUUUGUAGAUGCACUUUUUAAUCAGCUGGUUCAUGAACUACAAAGUGUCCAUUUUACGUAUAUUUUUUCCCCACAGCAAAACAUUUAUUGGAAUAUUAAUCUAUAUUUGGAAUAAAAACUUUAUUUAAAUGAACCAUGUUUUAUGACAAAGUUUACAGAUUUAAGGUUGUUGUUUUUUUUAAAAAAUUGUUUAUUGUGUAAUUUAUACACCCAAGUAUUUUUUAAAGUUGCCCACAAAAAGUGCACACAGACCAGACCAAAAAAUGGGUGUUUUAUAUAGUGAUACAAUAAUGUUAAUCUUUAAUAAGAAUCAAGUAGUUCAUGGAGAAUUUUGAUGAUGUAUAUGUCCAUUGUGCAAUGCCAUGUAAAUAUAGGGACAAAAGUGCUUCCCAGAUUGGUUCUACACAUGAUUGCACAAUAACAUACUUGUUCUUUGUUGUAGAAUAAAUUAUUUAUCUAUUUGGAUCCCAGUAGGAGAUGUGUAGAUAAUAUAUGAUUGAAGUAGACUAACAGAGAGUUUUUUUUAUAUAAGAUUUUUCCAUAUUUUCUGUAAGUUGGUUGUUUCAUAGUGUAAAAUUGUUGUUGUUCUGGUGGUAGAUAACUUUGUACAUAAAUUGUUUGAGGAUGAGAGAGAUCAUUAUAUCUGUUGUUAGAUGGAGAGUAUGUCACAGACUGUCAGAAAUAAAUGUUGCCAAUAAAUGACUUUCUAUGC